CCCCGAGCGAUUACGAGAAACGUCUCGUCUGAUGCAGCCCAGUCGCUCAGGAAUCGUGGUGCUGAAGUUGUCGAAGCAGAUCUUUUCGACACCGAGUCCAUCAAGGUAGCUCUUGAUGGAUGUGAAUGUGUCUUUGGCGUUACGGAUUAUAUGGAUUCAAAAAUGCUCGCAAAGGGGCGCGAAGCUGAAGUUGAAGUUGGGAAAGCACUAGUCGACGCUGCUGUGGAGGCUGGCGUUCGCUUUUUCGUCUGGAGUUCCUUGCCCAACUGCACCAAACGCUCCGGUGGAAAAUACACUAAUAUCUUCCAAUUUGAUAAUAAAGCUGCCGUAGAAGAUUAUCUCAAAGAAUCUGGACUUCCAAAUGCUUCACUUCACACCGGUAGUUCAACCCAUAUAGUUUUCCAUCAUGGUGAUAACUAA